GACAACAUGAGUGACAAAAGGAGAGAUACCGACCGCAAAUUCUUGCUGGAGUUCAUAGAAACGUACAAAUCGCUACCGGCUUUAUGGAAAAUAAAAUCCGAUGAAUAUAGUAAUCGAGACAAAAAAGCUGAUGCAUACAAAGUGUUGCUUCACAAAUACAACGAACAAUUUCCGGGCGCAACUCUUGAAGAUAUGAAAAAAAAGCUGAAUGCCCUACGCACAAACUUCCGAUCUGAACUACGCAAAAUGGAACGUAGUGCUAAAUCUGGAGCAGGGACAGAAGACCUUUAUAUUCCGAGUUUGUGGCAUUUUGAAGCCUUGCUGUUUCUGAGAGACCAAGAGACAACCAUUCCUUCAAGAAGCAGCAUUAUCGUCCAAGUACAGAGUCAGGAAGACGAGGAAGAAUCAACCCAGGAUACUACAAUGCAGGAUGAGGACUUAGUUGAGGUGGAUGAAGUUCUCACUAAGUCGGUUCAUACCGGAUCCACCCAGAAGCCAGGACAUCAACGGCCGUCGACCAGUCGUGCUGAUACAAACAUAUCCAUACCGCCUAUACUUGGAAUUGCAGCUUCGAAGAAACGCCGGGUCGAAGUGAAAAAGGACGAACUUAUUUCACUUGCAACAACUCGUCUUCUACAAGAAUCGUCGGAAGACGAAUACGACAACCAGACAAAAACUUGGGCCAACGAACUACGCAAGAUGGAUCCAAGGCAGCAGCUCUAUGCUAAAAAAGCUAUUAAUGAUGUGCUAUUCGAAGGUCUCUGUGGCACUCUGACCAGAAACUCGGUUCAGAUCAACUGCACUAAUGAGUUUUGUGAGACUACUCCAUGUAGCAUGCACAGCAUUGGCAGUGCUUCCUCCACACACAGAACAUAGCCUGUCUUUCAGGUGAAUACCCAGGAAAUUGGUAGCAAUUUUGUUGGAACAACACGUCAUGAACUUGCUGACUAUUUUGCAAAUAUUGAACCUCCCACUCAGUCACUUUCAUAAUAUAUACUUGGGAGUGUCUGGACUGGAUGGAUCUCCGUAUAGAGUUGGGAGUGAAUGUUGUUGUAGCUGUACAAAGUACACAUGUAUGUAACUUGAAAUUGAGCCUAAGCUAAUUGUAAUUGCUAUGACGAACACCAAGAUGUGAGAUUCGGUAAAAUAAACACGUUCGUGAAUUGUAUAAUUUUCUUACCUUGAUAGUUUGCUGGCGUUUGAGACAUUGUAUAGUGGCUCCGCUAUAUCAAAAACAAUCCCUCCGAUUGCUUGUGGUGAUGUUCUGGUGGGGAAUUUUAGAUCUUAGAAACAAUCUCCAGUGGCCAAAAACCGCAGUGUGAUACUGAGCCGUUCGUUUGCUGAUAUGGCUUGACGCAUGAUGGUAUCUUUUUUUACUACUAUUGGUCUCACUAAAGUUCGUCAUACGCAGCGUCCAUUCUCAGGACAUUCCUGUAAUCAUUCGGCUAAUCGUCCUUUAACUUACUUAGCAAUCGUCCAUGUCCGAGUUCUCUUCGACGCAGAAACCUUUUUUUCGCCCACUUGCUCCCCAUUUUCGGUUUGGAGUGUUCACCAGGGCAAAAACUAUUGCUAGUGCCAGAGAUGCUUUCAACUCGAAGUUUUCUAUCAAAAUGAAAAUUGACGAUAAAACAUUGAUCGUGUGUGGGCAAGAUCAAUUUCAACAAUAAAUCAAUUGACAUCAUUUAAUUGACGAAAAAAUUGAACGUGUAUGGGCCGUUAAAAAGUAAAAUAUAAAUUAUUGACACUGUAAAGGUUGUUUUGAAAAUAGGAUACAGUUCUACAAUGACACAGAUAGGCUUAAUUAUACAUUAACUUUUUAAAAUAAAUUAAUUUUAAGAUUUAUUUGAAAAUUUGAUUAGAAAUUAUGGGUUGUUGCGAAUAGAAUAUGAUUAGAUUAAAACCAUAAUUAUAUAUAUAGUUUGCAGUCCAUUAAAGUUUUCCUUGUUGUGGAAAAGAGUCAGUAGCAACACAGAACAGAUCAAUUUAAACAUUUAUAAGAAUAAUACAUGGCAUCAAACAUGUAAAUUUAUAGAUUAUAUGCACGGUCAAUAUUAAUAAAUGUGUGUGUAAGUCCGUGUUCUUUGUCUUUAUUUUUUCCCUAAUAUAUUAUUAUAUUAAUUUAUUCAGCAGGCUGAACCGCCAUACUGUCCUACAACAAUAGUUCAUUCCUGUGUGACUAGAUAUGAAGUUCCCUUCCUUAGUUUCCUAGUCAUGCGUUGCUCUA